UUAAUAUAUUUUGUUAAUUGCAUAUACACAAAUAAGAAAGAAAUAUAAAUGUCCGGCGGCGGUGGUGCAUCAUCUAGUAAAAACUUUAUUCCAAUGGUACAAAAAUAUGAUCGAAUUAUAUUGCUCAUAGAUAUGGAUUGCUUUUACUGUCAAGUGGAAGAAAAACUCGACUCAUCUUUGAAAGGCAAGCCAUUGGCUGUGGUUCAGUAUAAUGCUUGGCGCGGAGGCGGAAUUAUAGCAGUAAAUUAUGCGGCCCGUGCUAAAGGCGUAACCCGGCAUAUGCGGGGAGAUGAAGCUAAGGAACAGUGCCCAGAGAUUCAAUUGGUUAAAGUGCCAAACGUACGGGAAAAGGCUGAUUUGACUAAAUAUCGAGAGGCUGGUAAAGAGGUAGCAAAUGUUUUACAACAUUUUACCAAUUUAUUGGAACGCGCAUCUGUUGACGAGGCCUAUCUGGACAUUACCGAAGCAGUAAAUAAACGUAUGCAGUUAAUGAAUGAGGGUUCGUUUGUUUUACAACCACAAGAACUGGUUAGUACGUAUGUAGUCGGCUACGAUGGCAUAGGUGACUUUGUUACCGACAUUACCAAGUGUUAUAACAAGACUUCGGUAUAUGAUGGUGAUGAGAAUGAUGAUAAUGAUGAUUUUCGGUGUUUCCACGGAGAUAACGUCCCAUCCUUACGUUUGAGCAACAUACGUCUACUGAUUGGAUCAUCUAUAGCAAGCGAAAUACGUGCCGCUGUGAAAGCUCAAACUGACUAUGAAUGUUCUGCUGGAAUUGCUCAUAAUAAAAUUCUAGCGAAAUUAGCCUGCGGUAUUAAUAAGCCCAACAAACAAACUAUACUGCCAUUAGCCAAAAUUCCGGAAUUAUUCGAAACCUUAACAUUGGGAAAAAUUAAAGGCUUAGGAGGUAAAUUUGGAGAAGAAGUUUGCGAACGGCUAAAUAUUCGUUAUGUCGCCCAAUUAAUAAAAUUUACUGAAUCGGAGUUGCAACAAAAGUUUGAUGAAAAAAACGGAUCUUGGCUAUAUAACAUUUGCCGGGGAAUCGAUUUAGAAGCAGUAACACCACGAUUUUACUCUAAAAGCAUCGGUUGUUGUAAGAAAUUUCCCGGACGUAAUAGCAUAUCUGGCUUAAAGACGUUGCAACACUGGCUUCAAGAAUUGGCGAACGAAAUAAUUGAUCGCUUAGAGAAAGAUGUUAUUGAAAAUAAUCGCCGAGCAAAGCAAAUGGUAGUAAGUUUUGCGCAAGAGUUCGACAGUGAAGAUGUAUCCAGUUCACGUUCGGCUCCUCUACUUAAUUACACGGUCGAGGCAUUAACCAAAAAUGCAUUUGAAAUAAUUAAAUCAAAUACUAAGCAAUUUUAUCGUGUUGGCAGCGAAAGCGUACUGAACAAUCCAAUAAAAUUUUUGGGCAUAAGUGUGGGUAAAUUUGAGACAAUAUCCAAUGGUCAAAAUAAGCUGCAAGAAAUGUUCGCCCAACAAGCAGCUAAGAAGAGAAGAAUCAGCGACGAUGUAAACGAAGAGGAAAGUAAAGAAAAAUUUUUUAAAGCAAGAGAAAACAAAAUGGAAAAACCGGACAAGCAGUCGAUGCAGGCUCUACCAAAAGAAGUUAAGACGAAAGAUGUUCGAAGCUUUUUUCUGGAAGCGAUGACAAAAUCAAAUAACAUGCAAAAAAAUCAACCGAAACAAAAUGGAAAAGAUAAUGAUAUUCAGGUCGAAGAUAAUGAGGACUCGAAAAAGAAAAUUGAUGACAAGCGAAGUCCUUCAUCGCGUCCAUCCAAAAUAAAACGAGUAAGUGAAAGUUAUGAGGAGGACCCAAGUGCAAAUGAAUUAAGUGACCUUAUUGAUGAUAUACGAACUCUGCAAGAUGAGUCUCCCAAGAGCGUUAGACACGAAACUACUCAGGCGGCAGAUGGUGAAAUUAAAAACGAAUUAAAGGAAUCGAAUCAAAAUGUUGAAAAAAUGCAAAGUGAUUAUCAGUUGGAUUAUGCUGAAUAUGCAAUUCCUGAGCACAAGCCUGAACUACUUCCUUUAACAAAAUGUACUGAGUGUGGGUGUGAAAUUCCGGAUAACCCAGUUUCUAUUCAAACACACAAUGAUCGUCACAUAGCUCAGAAGCUAAGCGAACAACAACGGCUUGAAUAUCGAAACACUAUCAAAACAAAAUCUGCCCAUACAUCAAAAUCGCCAACAUCGAGUACAAAUACGAAGAAAUCUAAAAAAGAUAGCAAUGUUGAUACUAGAAAGCCAUCUGCGAUGGGUAAUAUUAAAAAGUUUUUUAAACCAAAACAAUUGAAAGAGAAUCGAAAUGUCAUGGAAACUGAGUCGACAAGUGAUCGAAUACUCUGUGAUAUAUGCAAAGAAUACAUUAGUAAAGAGAGCGCACAGGAACAUCAAGAUUUUCAUGUGGCCAAGAAUCUGCAAAGAGAGCUUAAUCAACUUGCAGUUCACACAGUUAAAACUAAAGAAUCUUGUCCCGAUACCGCACAGAAACGACUAAAUUUGCCUGCAUCACAAUCCACACAGAGCAAAACUAUUACGAAACCAAUUACGAGUUUCUUUAAUUAA